CACAGAGCAUUCUGGGUAGAGGUGAAAGGCCAGUCAGAAAGACACUUCCACAACAAGCUGCCUAAGGAAGAUGGGCACCAAGGGAAAGUGAAAAUCACCACUGGAAUCUCCUGGUACCAUACAGUCCCAUCUACAACAAGAACAGAGGAAAGUCACCAUGAGCACUGCAGGCAAGGUGAUCAGAUGCAAAGCUGCUGUGCUCUGGAAGCCUGGAGCCCCACUGACUAUGGAGGAGAUAGAUGUGGCCCCACCAAAGGGAAAGGAAGUUCGAGUAAAGAUGGUGGCCGCAGGAAUCUGUGGUACAGAUAUAAAAAGUCUGGAUGACAAAAAGCUUGCCCCGUUUUGCCCCAUCAUCAUGGGCCAUGAAGGAACCGGCAUAGUCGAGAGUGUUGGGGAAGGAGUAAGCACGGUGAAAACAGGUGAUAAAGUUAUCAUCUUAUGUCUACCACAAUGUGGAGAAUGUAACACUUGCCUCAAUUCCAAGAAUAAUAUUUGUAAGGAAGUUAGACUUUCAGGGACACAUCUGACGUCUGAAGGCAACAGCAGAAUUACCUGCAAAGGAAAGAUAGCGUAUCAAUAUAUUACUACGGGCACCUUCUCUGAAUACACAGUCAUAAAGGAAAUCUCAGUCGCCAAGGUUGAUGAAGAUGCUCUUCUGGAGAAGGCAUGCAUAAUUGGCUGUGGGUUUGCCACUGGCUUUGGCGCUGCCAUCAACUCUGCCAUGGUGUCUCCAGGCUCCACCUGUGCUGUGUUUGGCCUUGGAGGUGUCGGUCUGUCUGUCAUCAUGGGCUGUAAAGCAGCAGGAGCAGCCAGGAUCAUCGCUGUGGACACCAACAAAGACAAGUUUGCAAAGGCCAAGACAGUGGGUGCCACUGAGUGCAUAGACCCACAAGACUUUGAGAAACCCAUUCAAAAUGUCUUAUUUGAUAUGAUGAAUGAUGGAGCAGACUUCACCUUUGAGGUCACUGGAAACCCAGAAACAGUGGAAACUGCCCUGGCCUCCUGCCACAAGGAUCAUGGAGUCUGCGUGAUUGUUGGAUCAUUAGCAUCUUGGAUUCAGCUCAACAUCAAUAGUCAGUUGUUCUUCUCGGGACGUACUCUAAAAGGGUCAGUUUUAGGAGGCUGGAAAACCAAGGAGGAAAUCCCUAAGCUGGUUUCUGACUAUACGGCAAAGAAGUUUAACCUAGAUCCACUGAUUACCCACACCCUGACUCUCGAUAAGGUCAAUGAAGCAAUUCAGCUCAUGAAAAACGGGCAAUGUAUCCGCUGUGUCCUGUUACCUUAAUUACAAGAGCUGCAGUAUUUCAUCACUAACUUGGAUUCUCUAUAUUAUUGUGAUUUAGAAGAAUCAGUCACACAACGCUUUUCUGUUUACUUGUCUUUGACUCACUCAGAACCUUGUGUCAGGCUUCUCACCUGACCACACCAUCAAAGUUACUCUCACAUGACCCAGUGCCAGCAGGACCAGCCUCCCUUUCACAGCUAUAUGAAGGUUGAUUUGAACCACCCAAUGGCACACUCUGCAGAUGAAGGCACACCAAGAUGCUCCAUUGGCACAGCUGUCUUUACCUCCAGACCCACAUGUCCUCACCCCCUGGAUACUUCCCACACUGUAUGGAUCUGCACAUGAAGCUCUGUGUAUUGUCCACAAAAAUCAGAACUCCCACCAGAGAAGCUACUGGAGCUGAUAAACAACUGAGCAAACUUUCAGGUCACAAAACCAACACACAACAAUCAAUAGUGUGGGUACAUAGCAAUGGCAAGUUAUCUGAUAUGGAAAUCAAGGAAGCAAUCUCACAGAGUGAGAUUGAUCUUGCAGAUAAAUUAGUAACUAGGAACAAAUUUAACCAAAGGUGAAAGAUCUCUAUAAUAAAACUGUGAAACAUUGCAGAA